UCCCACAAAAACCAAACCAAACCAAAACUCAAAGUUAAGCAAUGCCAUAUGGUUUACAGUGCGUUUGCAGACAGUUCACUGAUAUCAGUCUAUUUUUAUCCGACAGACAAGAGAGGCAGAACCAUGCUGGACUUUUCGCGUGCAAUCUUUGCACUGUUGGUAUUAACGUACACUGUGCAUGGAGGAGUCGUGAGGCGGGCGGCGACUACAGUCCCGCCAAUGCCAACAACGACUCCACCACCCCCGUCUACGACCACGCCCACGCCCACUAGCCCUCCCACCACCCCGCCUUGUCCACCGAUGCCUACAUGCCCUCCUGGGGCCUUCCUUAUGCCUAAUGAUAUAUUUGAUGACCCGUGUCCCCGAUACGAUUGUGUCUACGUUGACACCUUUCCGUCCUCGACACCCCCUCCUUGGACUACCCCUGGGUGCCCCCUUUAUGGCAUGGCUACUUGUAUGCCAGGAGAAGAAAUAGUGGAAAG